AUGGACAGGGUAGUCUUAGAGAGAUACCAAAAGAUCGAAAAAGUCGGAGAAGGAACCUACGGCGUUGUAUACAAAGCAAGAGACCGAAACACAGGAGAUAUCCUGGCUCUCAAGAAAAUCAGACUCGAAUCAGAAGAUGAAGGAGUCCCAUCAACCGCAAUACGCGAAAUUUCUUUGUUGAAAACUCUUCAACAUCCCAACGUCGUGAAGCUCAAAGAUGUCGUCCACACAGAGCAAAAGCUUUACCUUUUAUUCGAGUUUGUGGACCAUGACCUUAAAAAGUUCAUGAACGCCCAAUCCUCAGCGCUUCCUCCGAUGUCUGUAAAGAACUUUCUCUAUCAGAUUCUCUCAUCUCUCGCGUAUUGCCAUACACACAGAAUUCUGCAUAGAGAUUUAAAGCCUCAGAAUAUCCUGAUUGACCGUGAAGGACAGAUCAGAUUGGCUGAUUUUGGGCUUGCAAGGGCUUUUGGGCUCCCUAUUAAAACAUAUACCCAUGAAAUUGUCACAUUGUGGUAUCGAGCUCCAGAAGUGUUACUGGGAGCAAGGCAGUACUCAACCCCAAUUGAUAUUUGGAGCGUUGGGUGUAUUUUUGCUGAAAUGGCUCAGAAAAGGGCCUUAUUUAUGGGUGACUCAGAAAUCGACCAACUUUUCACUAUUUUCAGAUGCCUGGGAACUCCUAACGAGGACAACUUCCCUGGUGUAACUGGUUUCCCUGAUUUCAAGCCUACUUUUCCCAAGUGAAGAACGACAGGAGUAGCUAGACUUGUCCCGAAUUUGGAUGAAAACGGUAUUGAUUUAUUAUCAAAAAUGGUCUGCUAUGACCCAGCGAAAAGGAUUUCAGCCAAAGCAGCGCUGCUACACCCUUACUUUGCAGAUUUAGACACAUCAAGAUUGGCUCCUUAUAACAUAUAG